AAAAAUUAAUUGAUCCAUUUUUAGUUAACUUCAGUCAUUGUAUUACAUGUGUUUUUGCUAAGUGACAUUGUUCACUUGUUGCAAAAGUUAGGAAAAAAUUUUGGUGGGAAAGUCUUUGAAAUCAUGUGUUGAACGAAUGCGCAGACGUAUAUUUAUGUAAAGUUGAGAGUUUAAAAAGUUUCUGAUGUUCAGAUAGUGAUUUCUUAAUUCAAGUUAAUGUGUAGUUAGUGAUGUUCUAGUGUUUAAAAUAAUAGUGACGAUAUUUUUGACAUCAAAAUGGUAAUAUUGCAUUUCCAAGAAUUUACCAUAUGAAAUUUUACAUCAUCCAAAACUAUUCAGUCGAAAUAGUAUACAACAUCAAUAUAGAGUAUUAUAUCAAGCGUAAAUGGAGAUGAUAAUCAGUAGCAAUUCUUAUAAUCUAAAGCGGUAAAUUCGUUUGGUUGGUUACCACUUUAUAGACAAUGAUGCAAAUCAGAAGACAAUUACGAGGUCAUAUCAAACAAGUUGAAGAGAGGGAUGGCGGCGAAAAAAAUAGCUCAAAAUCAUUCAAUUCAACAUCUAUUGGAGUUACCGUCCAGUCGAAGCGAGAGAAUACCUGAAAGCUGUGAACAACUGACAAGAACCCCUCGACAAGUUCCAGUUACUGUUCUACAUCCUACGCCUAAAAAGUUGUACCUGAGCAAAAAUCGACAGAAUCUACUUCAUUACGAGUUUCAAGGAAUAUCUUUGACACGAUCGAACUGCCCCGGCACCCAGCAAGAGUCGCCUCCUAGGGGGCGGGAUUAUCCCCGCCGAAUGAUGAACAAGGUGGAUGAAAGAGACAGAUCGCCUGGUUUAUCGAUGCGACCUACACCUGUCGCUAUCACUGCUCCGUCCAGUCCUGAGGAACCUGUUACACUGGUGGAACUGACCAGUGUGCCAGGUGGUCAGAAUGCGAUGGCACAUCUCAAAAAACGGAAGCUGGAAGCAGAGUCGGGUAUUCCAAAGCCGAUUCAACAAUCGACAUCGCCGUUAAACGGCAAAAAGCCACUUCAUCAAGGCUGUGGUACCAUUGGUGUUGGUGUUGGUGUCAAUCAAAGUGGACAACAGGACAUGGAAAGUUUUGAGGCAGCGGCUAAACGUCGAAGAAAAAUUUUACGUGAUGAUGAAGUGCGAAAAGGAAUAGACAGUGAUAAAAAUAUGUCCUUACCACAAAAAAAACGAGUGUUCACUUCGGGAAAUUCCGGCAGUCCAGCUAGAAAAUCUAGUAAAAAUUGUGAAGAGCCUGAAGAUGAUGAGACUUUAAUUAGAGAGACUGAAGCAGCUUUAAAAAGUUUAUCGGGUAGUUGGCCUGGUCCAAGUGGUUCGAUGUAUCAACGAGGCAACUCUGAUGAAGAUAAAUACGAAUCAAAUUUUGAAAAUUUAUUUGAAGAAAAAAAGGAAAAUCCUAAAAUGAGUCCUUCAUCUAUGUCUAGUUCUUCAAAUACUAGUAAUGAAACCUUAAAGGAUGUAAUAACUUAUCGAGGUCAACAUGAUAGGCGAUCAUAUCAACAAAAUAAAUCGGACAUCUACAAACAACAACUUCAACAAAUGAAGAAAAAAGACUCGGAUGGCAUGAUGAAAAUGGAUCCAAAUAGUGUUCAAAUGCAUUGUUCAAUGGAGACUGACCUUAACAAAAUGAGAUCAAUGUCAAGACUAUCAAUAAAUAAAGAUAGAAAUGAUAAAAUGUCUGGUCAAAUCAGACAUAAUGAUAAAUACUCUCGCUAUGAUCCUCCAGACUUCAAUGAACUUGUUGACGAUUCAUCAAACGAAUUAGAAAUUGAUAUGUCAGAUCCACUUGUGGAAAAAGAAGAAUCUGAAAAAGAUAGAUCUGAAGAUAAAGAUAAGGAUCGAUUAAGUAAAAGUAAUGGAUCACCUCCCAACUCACUUAGACAACCUCAGCAUAAUCUUUAUUCCAAUUAUCAAAGGUAUUCUGACUCAGGAUUAAAGGUUUCUUCAGCUACAUCAUCACCAAAUUCCUCAACAUCAGCAUUUUCCAGCACCUCAGCAUUCAGACCACCAAAUACGAAUCAUUCAAAACCACCUUGUCCACCUCCAGUCUCAGCUUCAACAUCUAGUCCACCAAUUGGACCCUAUCCAGCAUCAGCAACAUUUGUGGGCUUUCCCACGCCAGUACCGGGUCCAGUAAUGCCAGUCCCUCAGCCAGUGAUCCCGCCCUCAGCAGACGAGAAGCACUCGUCGGUGUCGCUUCUCCAGUUGAAAUCACCAAAAGAGGAACAUGGCGUUAGAGAAGUAGGUACUCCCGGAUCUCUUUCUGUGAAUAAAUCAUCAGGAUCUGGAUUACCACCUGUAACAAGCCCGGAUACAAAUUCAUCUAAACAAUAUACCAUCCUACAGCCAGCUGGAAUUGGGUCCAGAGCUGCAACUGCUAUCCAAGAUAUUGCUAGAGAAGGUGUUGUGAGUGUUUCCGCGGUCAGUAGCUCUGGUGGAAGUAGUAACAGUUCUACGAGUAGUUACACUGCUGGGAAUAAUCAUAAAAAUAAUGGUAAUCAAGUUAGCAGUAAUGGAAAUCCGGUAAAUACCAUUGCUAGUAAUAUCAGCACCAACACUACAACAACAACAACCACAUGUCCUUCUGCUAUUGAAGAUGUUUCUACUACAUCAUGUACAAAUCAAGCAGACGUAAUGAAGAUGCCUGAUAGAAGCAGUUUUGAUGGCAACAGACCGGGAAUGUCCAUGUCACCAUCGAGUAUUGGUAGAGAGGGCAACAAGUGCCCGACACCAGGUUGUACGGGCCAAGGUCACGUGACCGGACUCUACUCGCACCAUCGCAGUUUAUCUGGUUGUCCAAGGAAGGAUAAACUAACGCCUGAAAUUCUGGCGAUGCAUGAGACUAUUUUGAAAUGCCCAACGCCUGGUUGCAAUGGUCGUGGUCAUGUCAGCUCUAAUCGCAACACUCAUAGAAGUCUUUCGGGUUGUCCUAUCGCUGCAGCUAAUAAACAAGCAGCUCGUGAUGCAAGACAUAAGUCCCAAGUAUCAGGUAUACCCCCAGAAUUCAUCAGCACAAAUCUUCUGCCAGGAUCUAUGGACAUUAAAAGCUAUUCAGUCUACAGUUCAACACCUCAGGAAUCAAAACCAGUAGUUGGCUCUCCAACUUAUGAUUAUUAUUCCAAAGCUCCUGGAUUAAACAAACCUCCAAAGACUCCUGAAGAUAAUUCUAGUCGUGCUAAUACAAAAAUUGUUCCUAAAUCUGAAGUAUCAACUCCUACUUCCUGUUGCAACAGUAUACCAGGAAGAAAUCCAUCAAAUCCAGAAUUACUGGUACCUAAAACGGAGGAUACAUCGUCCUGUCGUGUUAAUUCUCCUCCACCACCACCGCCUCCAAGUGUCAGGCAGGCGUAUGAUCCAUAUUUAAAUCAAGACUCAAAUUCUUCAUCAAUGUCUUCAAUGGAAGCUAUGGGGUCGAGGUCAAUGCCACCAAUUCAUCACCCUGGUCAACAUCCAGCUCAUCACGUGUUACCUAUGCAACCAACAGUUGCGUACCCAAUGCCAAUAGUCGAGGAUUCAAGAAUGACCCACCAAAUUUCUCAAAGAUCUCCUUAUGAAUCAGCAAUGAUGAAUACAGCUUCUUCAACUGCUAAUGAAGAUAUUUAUCAUCAUCGUAAUGCUGAACAUCGAGCUUAUUUGCAUCCUAGUGUUAGUAAUGGUAUCACGAGACCAGUCGUGACAUAUUCCAAUGACGUUAAUGCUGCACGGGGUUAUGAUAAUGUCGCUGCAGCGAAUCAUAGACCGUAUGAUCCUGGUGCUACUUCAGGAUAUGAAAGAUAUGAUCCUCAAGCUUGUUCUCCUUUCUCAGCUCAACAACAGCAACAACAGCAGCAGCAACAGCUGCAUCUAAGAGCUAAUAUGUAUUAUCUUGGUCAAACUGGCAUGACUCCUGAUGAACAAGAAAGAGUUUAUCAUCAAGAAGCUGCAGCUGUACAACAACAUCAGAUGGCCAUGGCUGCUGCUACUACUGGGGUUAUGAUUAAGUCUGAAGAUGUUAAAUGUGUCACAACUGCUCAAGUGCAAAUGCAAAAAUCUGGACCUCCAACUUCGCCUGGAGGAUCGGUGAUGGAUCUUUCAACGUCCAGUGUUACAUCAACUAGUCCUCAAGCACCCCAAUAUGGUUCCAAUAGUCUAAGCCCUCAAUACGGUGGUGGUCAAACUGUUGGAGGUAGUCCGCAAGCUGCAGCUAGUCCUCAUCUGACUGCAAGUCCUCAAGUUCCAAGUCCACAAGGCCAAACAUUGGAUCUUAGUGUUAAUAGAUUACACAGCGGAGCUCCAAGUCCUCAGUACUCGACUCAUGGUGAAGCAGUUCCUGUUCCGGUAGGUCCACCAUUUCCAGCUCCAAGACCCAUUGAAGAACAAACAGAACCAGUCGACUUUUCAACAGCAAACGAACCAGUUAACUUUAGUGGAGGUCCUGGAAUCAGGCCAGUUGGUUUUCCACCACCUGGAGUUCAUGCAGCAGCAUACAGUCGAGAAAGCACCCCUGACAGUGGUGUAUCUCACUACAUGGACGCUUAUAGAGAUCCAAGUGCAUAUGGACCAAUGAGUCCUCAUCCAGGUUACGGAAUGACGGCAGUUCAGCCUGAAUACCCAGGAAAUACUUAUACUCCUUAUCCAACGGCUGGAUAUAAUUGUGGUGGUAGUUAUCCAGGUGGACCAGUGACUUCUGGCUACCAAAUACCAGGAUACAGUCCAGCACCAUGUUACAGUAUGCCACCACCUCAACAUACCAUUGGAAGCUUGGACAAGCCUUCAGGCAAGGAUGACGGUCUGUCAGGAUGUCCAAGAGCAGAUCGUUCGCAGAUUCAAGCGCACUCACAAGAGCUCAAGUGUCCGACACCCGGAUGCGACGGUUCCGGACAUGUCACCGGAAACUACAGUUCGCACAGAAGUCUUUCUGGAUGUCCGCGUGCAAAUAAACCAAAAAGUAAACCAAGAGAUGGACAAGAUUCCGAGCCAUUAAGGUGUCCUAUACCAGGAUGUGACGGUUCAGGACAUGCUACAGGCAAAUUUUUGUCACACAGAAGUGCUUCGGGCUGUCCUAUAGCAAACAGAAAUAAAUCAAGAGUCUUAGAAUCAUGUGGAUCAGUAGAGCAACAUAAAGCAGCAGUAGCAGCAGCGACGGCGAUGAAAUUUGAAGGAGUAAAUUGUCCUACACCAGGCUGUGAUGGAAUUGGACACGUAAAUGGUUCCUUUUCAACGCACAGAUCUCUAUCAGGAUGUCCAAUAGCAGGGAAUACUUUGAGAAAGCCAACAAAAUUCGAAGACAUGACGGGCAUGUACAAAGGAAUCAACGGGGUGGAAGCCGGUGGUCCGGCUCAGGGUGGUCCGUUGGGUGCGGGUCAGGGAAGCACAAGCGGUAGCGGAUCUGCUGGUGGUCAGGGCGAAGACCUCUACACACUGGAGGCCGAGAUCACGGAGUUACAGAGAGAAAACGCCCGGGUCGAGUCCCAGGUUAUGCGUCUGCGUUCUGAGGUCACCGCUAUGGAGAAUCAUCUCAAAAACGGAGAAAAGGAAACUGCAGCAGUUGCUCAGAGGAACAAUCACCUCAAUGACUACUACCAAUCUAUCCGUGAUAAUAUGAUAACGAUCUUGGAACAUGUACGAAUACCUAGUGCGCCUGGCGGCCUACCAGAGAAAAUGGGCCACGAAAAUUUCGACAGUUAUCUAACGAAAUUACAAACUUUAUGCACACCGGAUGGCUAUUGUGCUGAUGAAGCUAAUCGACCAACGUAUGAAACAGUCAAGACUGCUCUUCAAGACUUCACGGUCUUACCUACGCCCAUCUGAGACCAUCAGUUUCGAGGUUGAAUCUCGUAAAUAGGAAAUAACUCAAAAGCAUUCGCUUGCCAACGUUAAUGGGAUUUUUUAAAUUAAUAUUAUUUAAAACGUUCAACAGUAUUUCGUUUGUGAAUAAAAGGGACAAAUGUGCAAAUAUAAUAGAAAUUAUUUUAUUUUAAAAUGAAAAACACUAAUGUGGUUUUG